GAUUUUUAUCUUUGUAAAUGGUAUGCUGAUAUAAUUGAUGAAGAAACUGAUGAUGUAACAAUAAUUUAUCUUGGAGAAUUAGAAUGGAAAUUUUUAAAAGUUAAUUUUACAAAUAUUUUACAAUUUAUUCAAAAACAAACUUUAAUAUCUCGAUUAACACUUUUAAAUUAUAAAUCACCAAUAUUUGAUGAUGAUUGUUUCCAAAUUAAUUCUAAUGGAAUAUCUGGCGAAUGGAAGAGAAAAAGUGAAUGUAUUUUUUGUGAGAAAUUAUUUGACAAUGACGAUGGAUAUAUUUUAUGGGAAUGUUUUAUACCAAAUGGAUUAGCACAAAUAAAAGUUAAUAAUAAAAUAAAUAAAGGUUUGGGCUAUGUAGAAAAGUUAACAAUGACAUUAAAACCUUGGCAAGUACCCAUUGAUAUUUUACGAUGGGGAAGAUUUUUAUAUGAAAAUCAAUAUAUUAUUUGGAUUCGUUGGAUUGGUAAAGAAGAAAAGUUUCUCAUUUUUCAUAAUGGAAUAAAAUAUUCUGAUGGAAUUAUUAAUGAUGAAAUGAUUGAAUUUGGAAAUUAUCGUUUAAUCUUAUUAGAAAAAUAUAUUUUACGAAAUGGAUUAUUAAGUGAAACAAUAUUUGAUAGAUUUGUUUGGAUUAAAAAGUUUUUUCCAUUGGAGUUUCUUGAUAUAAAUGAAUGUAAAUGGGAAACAUGGAGUGAAUUCUAUGAAAAGAAUUGUUUAAUUGCAAAAGAAUUAUGGUUUAAAGGUGAUGGACUUCCAAUGAAUGCAUAUCCACCAUCAAAAUUAGUCGUGACAGGUGUCUAUAAAAUCUUUUCACAUCCAAUUUAUAUUGGAAGUUCAUUAAUAUGUUUUGGUUUAUCAAUGUAUUAUGAAUCUAAAAGUGGAUUUUUGUUUGUUUCUCCUUUAUUAACAUUAUCUUGGAUUUCACUUGUUUAUGGUUAUGAAAAUGAAGAUUUAAAACAAAGAUUUAAUAAAGAAUAUACUUGGAAAACAUUAUUAAAUAUACCAGAAAAUGUGAAAAUAAAAUAUGAAUAUGCAGAUAUCAUAUCGAUUUAUUGUUUAGUUUUUCUUCCUUGGUUAAUCUUCUAUGAAAUUCUUCUGUUUAUUAGACCACCUUCUUAUUCAGUAUCAACUUAUUUUGAAUUUGAGCAUAAUAUUCCAGUUAUUGAAUGGACAGAAUUCUUUUAUGUUUUUACUUAUCCUUAUGUUGUAUUUUUACCAUUGAUUUUGCAAACAAAACAACAAGUUCGUUGUUUUAUAAUUGAUGGUUUGAUGAAUAUGAGUAUUGGAAUUUAUUUACAAUUUAUUUUACCAUUUGUUGCACCACCAAAACAAUUUAUUCCAAAAACAAUCUUAGGUGAAAUGUUAUUAUAUGAACGUUCUUUUGAUGGUCCAGGAUGUGCAUUUCCAUCAUUUCAUGUCUCCUGA